AUGUCGGGCCCCGCAGGAGACACUGCUGCCGCUGCUGCACCCUCUGCCGGCGGCGCGGGAGGUUUCGACCUGGUGAGGAGAGCAACCCAGGCCAUGAUGUCAAGGUAUGUUACGUUGCGGCAUUGCGCACCGCACUCCUCUUCCCGGCACCACCUCCCGUCACGCCCAAAGCACCCUCUCCUAUGUUCUUUUUGCCUCGUUCGUCAGAGCGUCUUUUCGCUUGGUCACUGGCCUUGCAUCCGGGCUGCUGUGCUUCGGCAUGCCUCUUUCUGGACGGCGGCUGCCAUCACUUUACCCUCCCAAAGUGGCGGCGGCGGCUUCUUGCGGGCUUCCAGAAGGCCGCAUCAAUUUAGCCGCAACCCACUGCCUAUUCGCAUCCCGCCCACUGAGGCUGCCCUCGGCUAUCUCAACCUGGGGGGCGGGCGCGGGCCAACUGACGGCAUAUGUUGUGAAAUAUCCGUACUUCCACCUAUCCAUCCUCUGGAACCCUCUCUCUGCCUUGCCUUGCCUUGCUUUGGAUGCCAUAGGCUAGUUGAGUCGGCAGCGCCGUCAUCGCAAGUCGUCCCAGUGUCUCUGAUGGCGCUGGAGGCACUUAGUGCUGGGGGUCGGCUCCGCCCACCGGAAGCUCCCUAAUAAGCAGCGCAGCGCUGGGAUGUUGGCACACCAUAGGCGCAUCAGUGUGCGUAUAUGCCGCAUCACUAUUUGAUUUGCACAUGCAAAACCCACCGUCGCACCAGGAUUUGAUUUUGGCGCGGUUGCGAUUGCUGCUAGGCCAGGCGAGGGCUUAUCAAGUUGAUAAGCCUGACUGGCUGACUGAGUGGACUGGACGAAGUAACCCUGAUCGAUCCGCUCACCCCUCCCCUCUGUCCGACCCCGAUCUUGGGACUUGGAAUUGGGCCGCUGCAUGCUGGAAAUGGUCGGAAUCGCCC